AUGGCCAUGCGCCUCAGCCGUCGUUUGUUGAGCCUGCCGGCGAUCAAGGACUUUGCUCAGUAUGAGGCGAUCAAGACCUCAAAGUCUUCGAUGAUGGUUGGCUUCUUCACGGGCCACUGGAGUAUGGCCUCCAAGAUGUACCAAGAGCAGUUUGAAGCAAUGUCGAAGUCCUAUCCGAAGUGCACCUUUUACACGUGCGACAUCGACGAUGCGCCCAUGGCAGCGUACGAUGCUGAGGUCUCUGAAGUGCCGUCCGUCGUGAUCCAACCCCUCGGCCUUAAGCCGGAUGGUUCCUACUAUGACAAGACAGACAUGGUGGUCGUGGCGCCGGAGCUUGCCAAGUUCGACCAGGUCAUUCCCAAAGCCAAGGCUGCCGUAGACUCCAUCGAAGUCCUGGAUGAUGAGGGCGAGAGGCUACCAUGGCAGUUCGACCCGGCAACAGGCACGACCCUGCCACCUCACAAGUGA